UAAUUUUGUGUUGCGGCUUUUAGUCGAUAUUUAAAAGCCGGUGAAGCAACAAGUGGUCGAGUGCAGCUAACGUGCGAACUGAGAAGGCUUGAUAAAAAAAAAUUAAAUAAAUAAAUUUUUGAGAAUACAAACUAUUAGUAAAGUAGAACGCAAGUGAAAAAAAAUAAAAAAAAAAUGUCUGAGAUUAUUAACGUGGAUGAACUUGAAUCUCAAUUGGCUGAGAAGUCAAAGAGUGAGUUGGCCGAUGGCGCUGUUACCGAUCCCAUUGUGCGUUUGCGUCUACUUUGUUUAAGCCGUGGAGCUACAGGAAUUUUCGGUUUGGGCAGAGCUUUUCGCAGUAUCGACGACGAUGGUAGCAAGACCUUAAAUCAGGAAGAAUUUACAAUCGGAAUACGUGAAUUUGGUUUGGAUGCCAGUGGUGAAGAAAUAAAAGACAUGUUCAAAAGUUUUGAUGAAGAUGGCAGCGGUUCAAUUAGCAUGACUGAGUUUUUACUUAAAUUGAGACCACCAAUGCCACAAUGUCGCUUGGAUGUCAUAGAUGAAGCAUUUGGCAAAAUGGACAGAAACGGCGAUGGUGUCAUAACGUUGGUUGAUUUAAAAAAUGUUUAUUCAGUGAAAGAGCAUCCAAAAUACCAAAGUGGCGAGAUGACCGAAGAUGAAAUUUUAACAAACUUUUUGCACAAUUUUGAGGGCGGACGCGGUAACCUCGAUGGCAAGAUUACCAGAGAGGAAUUCAUAAAUUACUAUGCAGCUCUCAGCGCAUCCAUUGACAAUGAUGAAUACUUCGAUUUGAUGAUGCGACGUGCUUACAGGCUUUAAGUGAACUAUCUAUUCACCUGUCAUGAUGACAUAUCCAAAUAGUAUCUUUUAGUUUGUUCCUAUUAAUAUUUGUUACACUCUACUCACUUGUAUUUAAAACAUAAAUGCAUUUUUAUAUAA